AUGAGUCCACCUGAUGGAGCAGUUCUUGCAGCUACAGUGACAGUAACGGCAGCCCUGAGCUUCGUUCCCGUUGCUGUUUACUUUGAUCUCUUCUCGACACUGGUCAAAGUCGGCAAACCGGUGACCUCGCAACAAAUCACUGAUACGCGGAAUGUGGAUCGGAGUCCUGAAGAAAUAGAACAAUCACCGCUGUGGCUUGUUAAUCUAGUAGAAGAUGACGUCUACGAGGCGAACAGCAUCACUCGACACAUGCACUCUUUGCCAUCAGCUCAACACGGCGCUCUUCACUUCACCACCGAGCCCAUGUUCUCAGGAGCAUUUUUAAUGCGGAAGUUAAUAGACAGCAAAUUCGAGUAUCCAUUCAAAGCUUUGGACACCCCGACCCAGUACGGAUACAUGCUGCUAGGCGAACACGAGCUUGCGAAAGAACAUACAUACUCGAUAAUGUCCCGUCAGGGCCGCAUGGACAGCUUCAAUCAAUUCAUGGUAGGCAAAUUCGGAAAAUUCGGCAAAAUGCCCGAGCGUGUCAAGGCCCUUGGCUACGAUCUGGACAGCGCCGUGACGGGGACACAAAGCCCAGUGGUCUGGGUUGAUAUUGGAGGUGGACGAGGCGAGAUGCUGCUCGAGCUCAAGGAAGCAUAUCCAUGUCUUGACACGUCGGCUUUGGUGCUGCAGGAGUUCAACCCAGACAUCGGCAGUGUGCCAGAAGUCACGCAGAUGGAAUGGAAUUUCCAGAGCGAAACUCCACAGCCAGUCAAGGGUGCCUUGAACUACUCGUUGACUCAUAUUUUUCACAACUUGCCUGACUUAGACGCUUUGGAGCUGAUGCAGAAAGUGUCGAGGGCAAUGGCUCCGUAUUCCCGGUUAAUUAUUCAGGAAUUCACCAAGAAUAAAGCUUAUGGUAAGAUGCAUGCAACCAUGAUUACUCUGUACGGUGGUCGACUACGAGCCAGCUCGGAAUGGAAGCGGCUGGCAGCAUUGUGUGGCUUGAAGGUGACUUUCGAAGCAUAUCCUGCGGCGGGCGAGGGCUUGAUUGAGAUGAAAAAGCUGUGA